AAAUUACAAAAAUAAGAAAACUAUGUAUGGAAAUAACUUUGGCACCGAAGAAAAUACAAGUGACAAUAAGGAGCAAGAGCAACUCCAAAUGCUACUUAUUAUUGGUGUAGUAGGAAUGGGAUAUUAUUUUUUCUUUUUCUUACCCGAGCAAAGAAGUAGCACUAAAAAAGAAAUUACCAAUGCUUUUAAUAAUAAUUCUCCGGUUGUUGCUACUGAUUUAGAUAAGAGUAUGAUAGAGGCGAUAGAAACUAAGAAAAAGGAUAUAGAGGAAAAAAAGUUUAGGAGUAUACAAGAGGCUAAAGAUUCAGCAGUUAAAGAAUUAGAAGAUAGUUGUAAUGAAAAAGAAAAGACCCAACCAGCCAUUAAAAAAAUAAUUGAAAAGUAUUCUCGGAAAAUUAACAACUCAAACGGAAAUGAUAUCUCUACUUUACUGAGAGAAGCCGGUGAAUUGAUUGUUGAAGAGAGAGUAAAAAAGCAAGGAUUGCAUUGGCGGAGGAAAAAAGAAAAGAGCAGUGAAAGAGAUCCUACUACUAGACUAGAUAAUAAUGCUCUUUUUUAUGGAGCACCCCGAACUGGUAAAUCAGUCAUGGCUGAGAAAUUGGCUUAUGAAGCAGAUAUGUAUCCCUUAAUAGUAAUUCAAGGCUCAAGUUUAACUCCUCGCAAAAUUGAUUAUGAUGCCGGUAUUGCUCCACUAGGAAAGUUUAUUUUUACACUUUGUGAUAUUGACCACACUUUAACUGAUGAUUUUAAUUUUCGAAGAGAAGAAAACGGCGAAGUUCGUUAUAUUCUUUUCAUAGAUGAGGCUAAUCAAAUAACUACUAGCACCUUAAUUUCUAAAUCUACUGAACUAACAUUCCUCAAAGAGUACCAAAUUAAUGAAGCUGUUUAUCAACCGGGAAGACUAAGUAAUCCCUUAGAUUUUAGUUGGACACUAGGAGAUUUUAUAAGAUAUGCGGAAGAAGCCAAUAUUACUAAUGAUUUUCCUCAACACUGA